AUGGGUGAUAACUCGGUGAACUCCCCAGCCGAACAGAAUGUUCAAGAAUUCACUCUGAAAGAAGAUAAUGAACUGCGGUUUGAGGUUGCAAGUGGCAGCGAAGUUGUUUUGGAAUUGAUCGAUGGGAAAGGAGAAAUUUUUGGAACUGAGCUGGUUCUCAAUAAGAAAUAUACAUUUCCUCAAGGCUCUCGUGUGGCUGUUUUUACAUGGAGUAAAGCUACAGUGGAGUUAGUCGGGAAAACGGAAUGUGCUUAUGUGGCCGAGCAAACGCCUAUGGUGAUAUACUUGAAUACUCAUGCAGCACUGGAACAGUUGCGUGAACAUGCUGAAUCAUUGGGACUGCAGAAAGAGGAAGCUCGAGGUCCAGCUUUGAUGAUUGUAGGACCUACAGAUGUAGGUAAAAGUACCGUAUGCCGAUUAUUGUGCAACUAUGCGGUACGUGUUGGAAGAACACCAACCUUUGUGGAUUUGGACGUUGGUCAGGGCAGUAUUUCGCUACCGGGAACCAUUGGUGCGCAUUACAUUGAGAAGACGGCCGAUAUCGUUGAAGGUUUCGAGAAGAAAUCUCCGCUCGUUUAUCAUUUUGGUAGUUUGUCACCAUCAGCAAAUAUCGUCCUGUACGAUUUGCUAGUGAAAGAAUUGGCCGAAACAAUCGCAAAACGACGAAAGCUGAGUGCGGAUGCAAAUUAUGGCGGUGUUAUCAUUAACACUUGUGGAUGGGUCAAGGGAGAAGGUUACGCAUGCUUGGUGAAUGCAGCUGAGCAGUUCGAGGUGGAUGUAGUGAUUGUGCUCGAUCAUGAACGGUUAUACAAUGAACUGCAACGAGACUUGCCUUCAUUUGUCAAGAUUCUUCAUCAGCCGAAAUCCGGUGGUGUGGAGAAUCGAAGUCGUGAGAUGAGAAUCGCUGCUCGAAAUUCGUCCGUGCAUAAGUUCUUCUAUGGAACACGUGCAAAGCCUCUUUAUCCACAUAGCUUCGAGUUGAAAUUUGAUGAAGUUAUUUUGUGCAAGAUUGGUGGUGAAAAAUUACCAGCUGAAUGCUUGCCGUACGGUAUGAAAGUGGAAGAUUAUCGAACUAAGGUCGUUCGAGUCGAACUAUCGACGGCAUUGAUACAUCAUAUUCUGUCGCUCUCCCAUAGUUCAUCUUUGGAUCAAAGUGUUCUAACGACGAAUAUAAUGGGUUUUUUGGUGGUGACCGCAGUCGAUAUGGACAAACACACAUUUACUGUACUCAGCCCGCAACCUUAUCCUCUGCCAUCCAAAAUUUUAAUAUUAAGUGAAAUUACGUUUGUUGAUGAUAAAGUCAGUUCGUAG